AUGUCAAUGAUGCAGAGAGACAACCCAGCACCUUCACCAGAUGAACCAGAAAUUCUAACAACGGAACCUCCACAUGCACUACAACCGCCAGUUAUGAAAGCGAGACCGCUCAUUCGUACUUUUAAUGCACCACCACAAGUGCAAUCAAGUGUAGAAGAAGCCAAACCAGCGGAACAUGUAUCCUUGAAUGAGGCACCAGCAAAUCAAGGAGCAUCAUCAGAAGCAAAACCAACUGAAGGAGAAGUUCAGCCAGUGAAACCUGAACUGUUGAGGAGAGCACUAGUAAAGAAAGUUGUAGAACCUGGUGAGCACAAAGAAGGAUCACCAGAAGCAAAACCAAAAGGACCAACAGAAGCAAAACCAAGUGAAGUUGAAGCUCAGCCAGCUGGAAAUCCACCGUCGGAUGAAGUACUAGUAAAAAGAGGCCCAGAACCCGGUGAGCACAAAGAAGAACCAACAGAAGCAAAACCAAGUGAAGGAGAAACUCCACUAGUGAAACAUAAAAUGUAUAGGGGAGCGCCAGUAGGAGAAGGCGCAGAACAAGGUGAGCACAAAGACGGAUCAACAGAACCAAAACCAAUUGAAGGAGAAGCUCAGCCAGUGAAAUAUACACUGUUCAAGGGAGAACCAGUAAUUGAAGGCGCAGAACCCGGUGAGCACAAAGAAGGACCAACAGAAGCAAAACCAAGUGAAGGAGGAGCUCCGUUAGUGAAAAAAAAAGUGUACAAGGGAGCAUCAGUAGAAGAAGGCGCAGAACCCGGUGAGCACAAAGAAGGACCAACAGAAGCAAAGCUAAUAGAAGAAGGUGCAAAACAAGGUGAGCACAAAGAAGGACCAACAGAAGCAAAACCAAGUGAAGGAGAAGCUCAACCAGCCGGAAAUGCACCAUUGAAUGAAGCACUAGUAAAGAAAAGCGCAGAACAAGGUGAGCACAAAGAAGGACCAACAGAAGCAAAACCAAGUGAAGGAGAAGCUCCGUUAGUGAAACAUAAAGUGUACAAGGGAGCAUCAGUAGAAGAAGGCGCAGAACAAGGUGAGCACAAAGAAGCAUCAUCACACCCCAAAUCAGGUGGACACAAAGGUAAACCAGCUGAACGCUCUAAGUCCAAGAAAGGGCCGGUUAAGAAAGGCAAAGAAUCAGGUAAGCACAAUGAACCAUCAGGAAAAGUCGAGUUAAAGGAAGAAAAAGGUGAAUCAGGGGAACGUAUAAUUUACAAGAGACCGGCCAUUAAGAAAGGCAAAGAAUCUUCUGAGGACCGUGAAGCAUCACCUAAGAAGAUCGGAUCAUCAUUAUCAUCAAUACAUAACAAGAAGAAUGGGUCGAAAGGAGAUAGAAGUAGUGAAGAACCUGAUGCGAAAAGCUUUGGUUGCAACUUUCCUGCUUACAGGGCACGACAGAAAAAUUAUGAGUCAAAUUUAAUGCAUUUGUUGGCUGACGUUUUGACUCGUCUUCGUCAUCAACAAGGUGUUGUAUCUAGUGAAUCAAGUGCAUCAAGCGAAUCAAGUGAAUUUCCAGAAUUCAUAUAA